AUGGCAGCUUAGGUGGAACGACGUUUAGAAAGUUCUCCAAUGUUGUGAAAUAAAUUAGCAGCUUUUGCGCUUAACUAGGACUGUAUUUAUUUAUGUCGAUGCAUUUGACGCUUUAACAAUUUUGGAUUGAAGUUUUAACCAUGUGGGAGAAAGGGUAAUGUGCUUGUGUAUUUGGAAAUAAUAACGAAGUUUCAACGUAACCUGCUGUGUUGUUUGGAUGUGUGUAGGCUAGGCUGGCACAGCCUGAUUAUACUGUUUGUUGAUUUUAGAUUUUCUGACACGAAGGAAGACCGAGGAGUGUAGAGAUUGAUAUAUCAAGGUGCAUUUUCUGUGUAUAGACCUAUGUACUCCCAGCGGGUACUCUAGUUGAUACCAUCGCAUUGCCAUCAAUGAGGAAUCAAUUCCAGAUUAACAUGGAAGAUUACAUGGACCAAGAUUUGAUUGAGAGAGCCAAUAAGGAGCGAGCAGAGAUUGUUCAAAAAUAUGAAAAAGGCUUUGAUGAGACUGCAGAAAGCGAUGCAUGGGAAGACUCCGGCUUCAUCAUCUAUAAAGUGACGGACAGGUUCGGCUUCCUCCAUAAAGAAUUUAUUCCGGAAACUCUAUCAGAAGAGGAAAAAAGGGCAAAAUUAACAGAAAUAGACCGUCGUGACAAGUGGAUGAAAAUGAUAAAGCAAUGGAAGAAGUAUUGCCCAAGUGAAAAGUUGACACGACGUGUUUAUAAGGGGAUUCCAGAUUCAUUACGAGGAAAUAUUUGGAUAAGGCUUUUGGACAUUAAUAAAAUCAAACAAGAACAGCCUAAUAUCUAUGAGAAAAUGAAAAAGACUGCAUUAAUAAUGUCUCCUGAUAUACGACAGAUUGACCUUGAUGUAAAUCGGACAUUUCGCAAUCACAUUAUGUUCAGGGAAAGAUACGGUAUAAAGCAACAAGCCUUGUUUAAUAUUUUAGCAGCUUAUUCUAUGUACAACUCCGAGGUUGGUUACUGCCAAGGCAUGAGUCAAAUUGCUGCACUACUUCUUAUGUAUAUGAAUGAGGAUGAUGCAUUCUGGGCAUUACAUGUUUUACUUACGGAUACAAAACAUGCCAUGCAUGGAUUCUUUGUACCUGGAUUUCCAAAACUAGUAAGGUUUCAGAGUCACCAUGACAACCUUCUCAAGAAAUUAAUGCCAAAAGUUAAGAAGAAUUUGGAUAAGUUAGAUAUUGGUCCUACAUUGUACAGUAUGAAGUGGUUCUUCCAAUGUUUCCUGGAUCGAGUUCCGUUUCCGUUGACAUUGCGACUCUGGGAUUGUUUUAUGUUGGAUGGUGACCGCGUCCUGACAGCAAUGUCUUACACGUUAAUGAAGAUGCACAAAAAGGCAAUGAUGCGGAAAGAAAUGGAAGAUGUCGUUGGAUACUUGCAAGAGGAUCUUUCAAAAAAUUUUGGUUUUCCAGACGAUGUAGUAAUAGAUGCAUUACAAGAGUGUAUAGCAGAGCUCAAACGAACAAAGUUGAUCAAGCCACCACCCCCGAAGACAGCAGAAGGUCCUAAGCUACCAUUUGGGUUAAUCAAAGUGCCAAGCCAUCAGCAAGCCACAGGCCUACGAGGUGCAGUGAUAGUGGAUGGAGACCGCAGGCAGAAGGUAGCUGGUCGAACAUCAAACUCAAGUCAGUUGGAAGCACAAGCUGCAGGCAGCGUAACUUCACAUAGUAAGCCACGUCCUUCGAACUUACCAACACAAUCAGUCCCUCAAAGAACUUAUGUCAUAGAUGUGAAUGCCACAUCAGAUGCCAGGUCACCAGGGCAGAGGUCACUAAGAUCAGACCUUAACUCGUCUCUGAGUGACCGUCCUACUAGUAUGCCUCCUGUAAGUCCGCAUGAAUUUGAACGGAGAGUUGAAGAGAGACGGAACUCUUUUUACGAUAAUGUAUAUGUGGACGACCCAUUUGCAACCUCAAUGGAAGAGUCCUUAGAAGCAUUACACGAUACAAAGUAUCGUGGGCGUGAUAGAGCGAGUUUUGACACUUCGAGAGAAACGUCAAGAAAUGUGUCGCGUGAUGCUUCACCCAGUCGAUUUAGCGACCACGGAUUUGAACUGCAAAUGGUUGCUCCACCCGAAUCUAUUCCAGAGAGCCAGGAAAUUUACAUGAUGUCAGAGCAUGGAACACGAUUGAAUGGAUCCAUGAUGCAUCAUAAUGGAGAAAGUCAGGAAUCAUUUUCCUCAAUGGGAACUGUUGUUGAAGUUUCAAGUCCCAAAAGGAAAACACCACCACUUAUCAAACAAAAACCAAAGACACCUUCUCCAGAUAUGAAUAAACCCCAUACAUUGAUUACGAGCGGUGUUGUUCAGAGGUCUCCGCCUCCUGUCAGCCCAAAACCAAGACGAGUUAACGGCAGCCCAAGGGGCUUGCGCCCAUCUGUACACUCAAUGAGCUCUCCGACAACUCCAGUGCACAGUCCUAUUAAUGGUGGCCCGAUCAGUACUUAUGUGUGAUGCAAAUGAACGGGCUCCUGAGUGGUUAUAUGAAUCUGCCAUUGUUUGUACAGUGUAUAGUUUCUAUGGAUUCUUAAAUAGCAUUUAUAAGCGGCAAACAGGACGAUUUCUAUAAUAUUAGUGAGCUACUCUACUCCACAGAGAUUCACAACUGGUUUUAACAUAAUAUGGUAAUUUUUCUUGGUUUGGAAAUAAUUAAGUGGUCACAAUAGCAGCACAUCAUGAACACAAAGUGACUAUCAUCAUUAAUGAAUGGUACGAUGGAAUUAGGUUUUGUAAAUUCCAACUUGGGUUAAUGGUGUAGUCAAAUAUAAUGGAAUUAUAGCCAGCAGUUUCACAAGGAUAACAGUUGACAGAAAUGAUGUUAACGCUGAAAAUUACAGGACUGAUGUGAUGAAAGGAGCUUCAAUUGUGAUGAAGGAAAUACGUGCUGCAGAUAGCCUACCUUGAACUACAUACAGGUAAAUGAAAGAAGUGAAAAUUGCGACUGAUGACAAGUUUGUUGUCGAAAUUCUUUGCUAUUGAUUUCAUUAUUUCAUUCGAUACCAAUUUGCCAGUAAACUUCAGAAGAUCUUAAGUAUAUUAAUAAAGGAAUCUUUUUUUCUAAGGUGUAGUACAUAAAAUGAAAAUAUAAACUGUGUUUUAUCAUUUGUACAUUUGUAUUUAAAAUCAAUUUAUUCACAUCCUUGGGUGUAUGUGAUUUACUUCUUCACAUCUAAGCUGUAGAUAUUAUGUGAGGCACAGGUUAAGGGGUUGAAGAGCAUUUUCAAAGCAAUAUUACAGCUUUUAUAUAGGCUAGAAAUGAAGCUAUUUGUUUAUAACUAUUAUGUUAAUUGUAUAGGAAAUUAUAUAAUGAUGGUACUGUUGAUCCUACCUUAAGUUUAAUGUAUUGUAGAUAUUGUUCACAAUUUGUAAUUAUAUUGUUAUUUUUUUCAAUUGUUUUAACUGCUGUUACAUAAUAACUAUAACUUUUGUUUUGUUUUUUUUUUCAUUCUAAAUGAUACAAUCAUUUAUUUAUAAUGUUUAUUACUGUACUUGUUUUUAUAUUUGUUAUUUUUAGUAUUAUCCCACCAUUACCUUAAG